CUUUGCGCCCCCUCUUCUUUCGAGUUCUUGGGAUGUCUUCGAUUCACCAGCACCGGUCUCUUCACACCCUGGAGCUUCGCCACCAUGGCUGUCGCCGCGCCGCGCUCCGCGGGACCGCGGUCCUUGCGGCGGCUUCGUCCACGCGCGGUGACGUGCGCGUGGACGGUGGUGACCGUGGGAACACUGGGCCUGUUGGGCCUCCAAAACGGCCUUGGCUUCACCAACACUGUCCUUGGCUGGGCACGCGAUCUGCGGAAGAGGCAGGCGUCGCAGUCCUCCAGAUGCCUCCGGGCAGUACCAGAGCUGUGUGUCUUCGACUUGGAUGCCUGCCUGUGGGACAAGGAGAUGUUUGAGAUGGAAGAGAUUCCUGGUGAGAAAGAUGCAGUGCGAGGUGACUUGAUGGGCCGUGGGGAAGGCGUUGUGGGCGUGAUGAGCGGACAUGAGAAGAUCAGCCUUCACAGAGGAGCCCUGAAAGCCCUGCAAGGUCAUGCGGAUGGGAAGUACCCCGGCAUGCGCAUUGCGGUGGCCAGCAGCGCGGACACGCCCUUCGCGGAGAAGGUCGGCCGCAAGGCGCUGUCCAUGUUGGAGGUGCUUCCGGGGCUGACGGUCUGGCAGAUGCUCCUGCGCGACUGGGAGGGCAGGGACGUGAACCAGAUCGGACGUCAGCCGCCCUUGUCUUCCAACAAGGCGAAGACGCACUUCCCGCGGCUGAAGGAAGCGACGGGUGUGCCCUUUGACCGGAUGCCGCAUGUCUCAGGGGCGACCACUGUGGCAUGGUGGCGCAGCACUGCCGCGAGGCCAAUCAACAGGGCGUGGUCACCGUGCGGACGCCCAGUGGCCUACAGGAGCGCGAAUGGCAAAUGGGCCUGAGACGCUACGAGGAAGAGCAUUGAGGAAGCGUCGUCGAGUCGCGCAGUGCAGCACAUCGCCAGCGGCCAGCACUGCAGUGCUGCUUUGGGACCCGGCGUGGAGUCGCAAUCGCAUCGAUUUCGAAACGAAAAGGGUGCGACGUGUGAGAAACAGCUGCUCAGAGUAGCAUGGGAGCUGGUGACCUUG